UAUUAUAUUGUUUAACCAACCAUAACAUUAUAAAACCAUAUAUAUUGAUUUUUUUUUUAAUUUCUACAUCAGACGCUGACCGGUAAGUAUCACGAUCGUGAUGUCUGUCUUCAGCUGUUACAUUGUGUUCCUGAGUUGGGUUGCCUUGAGUUGUGCUGUGAAUUACAACGAUGCGACCAUUAAGGAGGUGGCUGGCGACGUGUUGGAGGUUGGCGAAGGGCCGUUUUGGGAUUCUGAGAACAACGUCUUGUAUUUCGUUGAUAUAUCUCAACACCGAGUUUACAGAUUUUUCCAAACCCGUUUGGAACACAUCCAGCUAAACGAAGAAGUAAGUUUUGUAAUCCCAGUUGCUGGACAACAAGGUUUGUUCGUUAUUGGAUUAGGCACUACGUUGGCCAGUCUCCGAUGGAACCUUCACGAGAAUAUCUACAAAGUCGUUGAACUGGCUAUCGUUGACCACGACAAAGUAGGAAACCGGUGGAAUGAUGCUAAAGCGGAUGUAAAUGGUUAUCUGUGGGCAGGUACGAUGGGAUUUGAGGACGCCGCUGGGAAUAUACCACCGGGUCGCGGGACUUUGUACAAGCUGAACGACACCGGAUGUUUCCAAAAUCUUGAUCCCGUUCUGCCAGACGUUUCCGUUUCCAACGGGUUAGCGUGGAACGAUGAUGGCACCCGGAUGUACUAUAUUGAUUCUCCGACCAGGCAAAUAGCACUUUUUGACUACGAUCCUGCUACGGCGACUAUUUCGAACCGCAGAACGUUUUACGAUUUCAAAACGGAUAAUAUACCUGGCGUUCCUGAUGGAAUGACGAUCGAUGCCUACGGCAAUCUUUGGAUUGCCAAUUACAACGGUGCUCAGGUAUUGCACGUGAGUGGUACCAGUGCAAAGUUACUGGGCAAGUUGAAAAUACCCGCGGAAAAAGUUUCGUCGGUCACGUUCGGUGAUCCUCAGUUGGACAAGCUGUACGUGACGACAAUUAGUCGUGGUGUAACUCCAGAAAAAUUCAACGAAUAUCCGAUGACGGGAAAGGUGUUAGAAGUGUCCGGUCUCGGUGUUCGCGGUACACCAAAUCGUCGAAUUCGUGAAAAAUGUUUUCGACUUUUGUAAAAGCUUGACGGUGGUUUGAGCGAAAUAAUUAAUAAUAAUAUACGGUAAAUGAACGGCGAUGUACAAGUUAUAAGUAACUAUAAGUAACUACUGUAAUAUAUACAUAAUAUAUACUAAAAACAAAAAAAAAUAAAUAAAUAAUCGUAUUCAUAAUGUUAAACCGAUAUUUCGAAUUUUAAUUAUAAUUCUGUUUAAUUCAUAAUACAUUGAUGACCAUCAUAGUAUUUUGUUAUAUUAUAAUGUUAUAAUUUUAUGUUAACGUCAUUUAAAUUAUUAUCGUUGUGAUAAAUUAUAGUAUACUUCUAAUACUUUGUUUAUCACCAUAAAUCAUAAUAUAUAAACAAUAAACACUUAAUGUUUAUAUUUUUUAUUUA